GUCCAGCGCCUUCGUGGCAGAGAUCCUGCCAUCGAGGUUGAAACCAUUUUCCACAAAGCAGAUGCUCAGCUUCUUCGAGCGUUGAAGAAGUUGCGCCACCCGAUCUUGGUUUUGGACGAGAGAGGUGCCCUGCUGGACUCCGAGGAGUUUGCUCGUCUUUUGUUUGCACGGCUUGAGGAGGGCAGCGCCCGUCUAUCCUUCUGCAUCGGAGCUGCCGAUGGCCUGCCACAAGAACUCCGCGCCUUGCCCAAAGCCAGCUGCGAUAAGGAGGCUUCCGCGAUCAGGGAGCUAAUGGUCGAGUACGGGUUCCUGGCUUCAGUGGGAUUUGAAGUCACCAUCCGCUCGCAACGAGGGGUCAUAGAUGGUCGUGAGAUGGCCAGGGAGUGCCUCGGGAGUUGCCGCACAGGCGAGGACCGUUGCGCAGUCGGUCUGGGUUUGGAAGCGGUGGUGGUUUCCGGCAGAUUGGCCCGGGUGCUGCUGACGGAGCAGAUCUACCGAGCUCAAGAAAUCAGGCGAAAGCUGGACAGAGGCGAGGCUCUCGCUAUCAUCGAGGCGAUCCUGCCUGAGUCUUCUUGCGUGAUCCAGGCCCAUAUCAUCGGCUCGAGUGUACGGCGUCGUUUCGGAGCGAUUACUCGCCUGUUGGUUGUUCUGUUCAGCAAGGGGAAGCCUUGGGUUUGGGGUGUGGAUCCAGGCUGCCAGGACAAUCUGCCAGCAGAUCGUGUCUUUUUGCAUGAUGUAGGAAGUGGCACCAGGCGGGAAGCCACUCCUUCCUGGGACCACAAAACAACCAAGGCUGAGGGCAAGCGCAAGACACCAAGCAUCGAAGCAGUUGGCAAAGACCCGAUGGGGGCGUUCCGUGAUGUUCCAACUGCCCAGACUGCGCCUGAAGACGAGCACAAGGCGCUGAAGGAUAUUGGUGGGACGAUGAUCUCGCUCGUGUUCUGGGCCGUCUUUAUCCGCGCUAUCGUCAUCGAGGAGCACUAUCUUCCAUACCAGGAGAUGAGAACAUCGCUCAUGAUGGAAGGCAUGGGUGGAUCACAGAUUCACGUCUUUCCAACCGACUGA